AUGAUUUCAUUCGAUAAAAUAUUAGAAGAGAAGAUUGGAUCAGGAAUUUACUAACUUAGAACAGUUAGUAUUAUAGGAUUAAUAGAGUUUUGUGAUGGAGUUGAAUAUGUUUUUAUGUCAAUUUUGAUGGCAAUAUUAAAAAACGAAUGGCAAUUAUCUUAAACUUAAGUUGCAACAUUAGGAUCUUCUUUUCUUGGAGGAGUGGUUUUAGGAAAUUGCAUAUGUGCUUAUAUUACAGAUAGAAUUGGUAGGAAAACAUCAUUUUCAAUAUUUGCAGGACUUUCAGUGAUAUUAGUAUAUUAUACUAGUUUUGCUGAGUCUUAUAAUGAAAUUAUUAUUCUUAGAUUAUUAUUUGGUAUAGUGUUUGGAACAACAAGUCCAUUAGGUUAUGUAUUUAUAACUGAGGUUGCUGUUGCUAAAUAUAGAGGAAGAUUUGCAUUUUCAUUAACAUUAAUGUAUGUUGCAGGAAAAGCUUAUUUAGUAUUUUUGUGUUUUUUCUUUCUUGAUGAUUAUACAAGUGGGAAUUGGAGAGGAUUAAUAAGAUUUAAUGGAAUACCAGUUUUAUUAUGCUUUAUAUUAUCUAUUAUAUAUUUAAAAGAAACUAUUAGAUAUUAUUUAAAUAAGGGUUAGUACACAAUAGCAUUCUAAGAGAUAGAAGAAGUAUAAAAAUAAAAUAAUAAUUAUUAAGAACCAUUAAAUGAAAGGGAAAAGGAUGGAUUAAUUGCUUGGUAAGUAAGAUAAAAUAAUUUGAUGAUUAAAGAAAAUGAAAAUGAAAAAAGUGGAGUAUUAUCUAAAUAACAUCUUAGAAUUACACUUUAAUUAUGGACUUUAUUAAUUCUAGCAAAUUUUUAAAAUUUAAGUAUUUAUUUAUUGAUGCCAUUUUUAUUUGCAUAAGAAAAUUCAGGAUUUGAAUAUAUGCUAUAUUUGUUUUUAAUUGAAUUUGUAUUUACAUUUGUAAUCUACUUAUUUAUAGAUGAUCCAAAAUAUGGAGGAAGAGUAAAUAUCAUUAUAUAUGCUUCUAUUUUAUUAGUAAUAACCAAUUUAUUACUUUACAUAUAUCAGGCUUCAUUUUUAUUUGUAGGAAUGCUUUUAAUUAAGAUAGCAACUAGAGGGAUGUUCUCUACUCUAUUUAUUAUAUGUUGUGAAAGUUAUCCACUUCAUUUAAGAUCAAGAGGGAGUGGAUUAGCUAUGGCUGUAGGAAAAGUUGUUUCAAUUCCAUCACCAUAUGUUCUUUUUCCUCUUUUUGCUAUAGAUCCUUAUCUACCAUUUUUAAUUUUAAGUGUAUUGGGAACACUUAUGAUUGCAUUAUCAAUUACAUAUCCAUCUGAUAGAACAUAAAAACAUUUAGAAGUUUACAGUGACGAAUAAAAAGAAGAAUGA